UUACUCAUGUUUUCUCUGCACAAGAUUGUUUCGAUUUCAGCGCUUUACCGAUUAAAGAUUACUAGUUUGUAACGAUGUGACAGCUUAACGGUCAUGUCUUUCAAACUGGACAUUUUUUGCUGCAGCACGUCGUGCUCAUGACAGAGUCCCAGCGAAGACAUGCUAUAACUGGGAAUUCACGGUGCUGAACACAGUGUCAUCAUGAAAGGCUGCGGCUCCAGGGGGACCUUUGCUGUGGGCUUCAUUGUAGGAGCCUGCAGCAUGUACGUCUUCCUGCACCAGGUGUGGUUUGAGAAGAAUUAUCCCAUGUCAGAGACUCACGAUACACCCACAGGGAUGGCACCAACCAGCUGGAGGAAGGAUGGCGCUGCUCUCAUCAACCUGCUUCACCCUCAUCAUGCAGGUGAAGACAGCCGAGUUGCAGAUGGCCUGUACCAGAAGGUCCGUGUUCUCUGCUGGGUGAUGACGGGGCCAUAUAACCUGCAGACCAGGGCCCGUCAUGUCAGGUCCACAUGGAGUCGGCACUGCAACGUAGUGGUAUUUAUGAGUUCUGUGGCUGACUCAGACUUCCCCACUGUUGGUUUGGGCACGAAGGAGGGCCGUGACCAACUUUACUGGAAGACAAUCCGAGCCUUCCAUUAUGUCUUUGAGCACUAUGCAAAUCAUGCAGACUGGUUCCUCAAAGCAGAUGAUGACACCUAUGUGGUCGUGGACAACCUGCGCUGGAUUUUGUCAAACCACACCCCUGAAGAACCCAUCUACUUUGGAAAGCGCUUCAAACCUUAUGCCAAGCAAGGCUAUAUGAGUGGAGGGGCAGGCUAUGUGCUCAGCAGAGAGGCCCUCAGGAGGUUUGUGGAAGGUUUUCGGACCAAGGUUUGCACCCACAGCACUCCUGUAGAGGACCUAGCGAUGGGACAGUGUUUGGAAAAGGUGGGUGUUGUUGCCGGGGACUCCAGAGACACUUUGCAGCGAGAAACCUUUCACCCGUUUGUGCCGGAACACCAUCUUACUGGAAAGUUCUCCAAGAGCUUCUGGUACUGGAGCUAUUGUUACUAUCCAAUUGUGGAGGGUCCACAAUGCUGUUCAGAUUUGGCAGUAUCCUUUCACUAUGUAGAAGCAGAACUGAUGUACACGCUGGAGUACUACACCUACCACCUGAGAGCGUACGGCUACAGGCCACGCUAUCAACCGCUCGUCCACCACCGUGUGGGUCCACAGAGAGCAGGAUGGGAAGGACACCAGGAGGUGACGGAUGGAAGGCGUCGCCCCACUGUAGACUUGUCUGUCCAUGGAAACCAAACCAAAGGAGAGAAAGACCGUCCAAACUCAUGAAUCAUGAACAACAGAACUGUGCUCACGCAAGGCCGGUAGCGCUGAUUCUGUGCCUCAAGUGGAGACGAACUGAUACAGAUGUGAAAACUCAAUUCAUUUUGAGCUUUUAUGUGCUUUCUUGUAAAAUUAAAACAUUCAGACUUCUUACAAAAGUUUUAGAAAUGAAGUUCUUCCAUGUUGAUGAAAAACCUGUACAAUGUGAAAUAAAUUAAAUA